GGUUCGCUCAUCCGCGUUUAGAAACAAGAACGUGGCCUCCCCUUGUACUGACGUGAUGAGAAUUACUCAAUAGCGAUCACAGACGCGUAUCGCACUCCGUCUCUUCAGUCUUCACUGCUCUGGGCCUCUGGCUAGUCAUCAUGCUAGACCGAAACACUUCCAAGACUGUCACAAGUAAUAGUGAUCUACGGUCAGUUUGUUGCUCGUAAGGGGAAUUUCAUCAGGUCCUACAUGCAAGUGACGGAGGUACUUCAGCUGAUUUAGCCCGUAAGGUUGUAUCACCCACUGGCACUGUUCAGUGCAGUCCAAGUAAGUAAACAAGUCUGAGUACAUGUAUCACUGAAAGAUCUACGAGUGGCAGACAUGAUCAGUUGUUGGUCGAGGAGCUGGGUUGGAUUCAUCCUGCUGGCACUGAUGCUGGAGCCACAGAGUGUGCUGUCCCAACUGCAGGCACCCAAGAUUGUAGAAAAGCAUGCGCCUCCAUACUGGAUCAAGGUGCCGACAGUGACGCCUGUUCCGCUCAUCACAUUCGGACCCAACCAAACCGCAGUGGUUGAGUGUGUUGCCGGUGGUAAUCCCGCGCCGAGCAUCUCCUGGUUGAAGAACGACGACGCGCAGGAUUUCUCUGCUGUGUCCUCGCAGCUGAAUGUCACUGGUAACAAGUUGGUGCUCCACAGGCUGAUGGGCACGUAUGCACUGUCUGGCUGGUACACGUGUGUGGCAGCCAAUCCCUAUGGCAAAAUCUACCAUGACUUUGCUGUGCGGGGGCUAGCUCCACCAGUCAUCGUUGUGCAGCCGAGCUCCUUUAUAAUCAAUACUAAGCUAGAUGCUGAUGUCAAGCUGUUGUGCGGCGCCAGAGGAAUUCCACGUCCGAUCAUUUCCUGGAAACUGGGAUCUAUGCAACUGACCAAUUCAACAACUGGAGUUACUGUCCAGACACUCGCUUCAGGCAUCUCCAAGCUAAUAGUCAGCGUGAAGGCUAGCUUUCUUGGCAUGCGACGGGAUGUGUUCAGCUGUGUCGCCAGCAACAGCCUAUCUAGGAAUGCUACAGCUUCGGCCACGAUACAGUAUACAUCCUACUGUAAGCUAUCCUGGAUAUUGCCUCUAUUUGAGGGGGAAAUCCCUUGCUAAUGGUAUAAGCCUUUUGCGCGUUGUACAGAUGUAGGAAGUUCAGUACUAGGGCGUAGGUGUGUACAGCCCCGAUUGGGUGUUCAUUGUGUGCUAUGCAUGCGCAUUUGACCAAUUUU